UGGAAAGGCUUCUUUAUAACCAGCUAAACCUCAUGGGGUCCUUACAUCAUAUGACGACCAUUCAAACGAAACUGUGGCGCGUAAUGAUUUUGGGCUGCUGUCACAAGUUGUAAGUUGAUGUCCAGAAUGCCUCCUACCAAGUUUGUGCUCAAGUGUGGGAACUUCGCUGUCCUGGUGGAUCUCCAUGUUCUGCCCUCAGGGUCCGGGGAAGAGGCCAGCUGGUCUGCAGAGCAGCACAAGGAGGAAGUGAGCGAGAUGAUCAGAGAUGUGGUGGAUCAGAGAGUUCGCCACUUCCUGGAGACCAGACACCAGAAAGGUCAACCCAAGCCAAAGAAGGGCUUAACUCCGACCAGUCCCCUCUGUAUUAAAGGGGAGCGUUUUCGCCUGGCGGCCUACUUCAUGAAGCGCCACGUCAACCUGAGGUGCGUCGGCAGGCGGCAGCAGGGGGAGCUGCGUGUGUUUCCCGAGCGCGUCGUGGUGUGCGCCAGCGUUCCGGAGGACGCGGCGGAGCGUGGAGGGCCCGGGAACCUGACCGCGAUGGAGCAUGGCGGACAAAGCGAGUCGGAAUAUUUCUCCGGCCACCGUGAAACCGAAGACCCAUUAAACAGCUCUGCAAUAGCAAAGAGGAACACCCUUCAGAAGAUAGCCAAAAAAGCUGGAGCCCAGGCCCGUUCCAACCAGCGGGGGGGGGGCCUUUCCGCUCCCAUGGAAACGGAGGCGGGGGGCGGAGUGGCGAGGGAGGAGGAGCUUGGGGUCGUGACCGAGGAGGCGGAAGAAGACGGAGGUGACGGAGCCCAGACCUCCACAGGGGCUCCGGCCCCAGAGGGGACGGCCCGGCGGAUCGGGCCCCAGAGUGGGGCGCCCCGGGGUGAGGGGCCCCGGCCUCAGGAAGGAGGGGAGCGAGCCAAACGAGUGUGCUUCGGACAGGCUCCAGCGUCCUGCAGCGAGGUCGUAGCGGAAACGCGCCCGGCCAAGUCCUCAUCGCAGACCGCCCAAACGUCUCCGCUGGCGCUCAGAUCGCACCUCCCUCUGGGGCUCGAUUCAGGGCCCUCUCCUCCUGCUCUGGGCCCCUCUCCUCCUGCUCUGGGGCACUCUCCUCCUGCUCUGGGCCCCUCCCCUCCUACUCUGGGCCCCUCUCCUCCUGCUCUGGGCCCCUCUCCUCCUGCUCCAGGAAAGGGGCCUAAAGGGCAGAAACCGGGGCCCAGGCCCCUCCUCCCGCAGAACCGGGCGCAGGCGAGCCGGGAGGGGCGGGCGGGGGGUGACGGGAACGCAUCCUUCCAGCACAGCGAGGCAAAGCCCCCAGACGCACAGCAGGGUGGGGAGAACCGGCCCAGGAAGUCCAGGUUAAAGCGCGUUAGAAAAGCCUGAGGCCACAGACUGCUGAAGGCUAUUUUAUUUCAUGGUAGUUUUCUUCCCUCAGUGACGCCUGGAGACUGUGAACAGCAGGUCGGCCAGCGGGUGCAGCUCAGCCAACCACAAGUCCAUACUUCUUCGCAGGCAGUUAAUUAUUAUUAUUAUCUGUAGCUACAUAUGUUACUGGCCGUAAGGUCUCUAGUUCUGAAACCCGCUGCCUUCCAGGCCUCACUGAGGGAAGGACAGUACCGUGGCUGAUGCAGGAGACACGGCGUUGGAUGCCUGAGAGAUGUGACUGGUGAUGUGUGUUUAGUCCACUUACAUUCGCAAGUACACACGAGUCCGAUAUGCCCAUGCACAUUCAGCUAUUUUUUUAAAUUCAUUUUAUAAAUUUGUAAAUUGUCAUAGUUUUCCACAAUUACCUGUUUUCCCACCACACCAGAAUAAAGCUCAAAUUGAAAA